AAGCAACCACGACAAGCUUGGGAGUGGAGGUAAAAGAAGUUUCUCUUUAAAUAUGUCUCUGUCGUGAAGUCAAGCGUCUGGCGAAGGCAGCAGCGAGCAGCCAAAGCCGAUCAGCCUAGUUCACUGGCGCCGCAAGCUCCCUAACGCUUCGCCAGCGCCCGAGCGAGCUCACUGAGGCGCCCCAAAAUCGAGAGACGCCGUCGGCGCCGCACACCUCCCGCACGCCAGAUGGCAGCACCAGCCUUCCGCGUCAGCUUCCCGAGCGCGCUCACGAAAGUCUCGCGCUUCCAGGCACCCACGUGUGGCUAUUUCUUCGCCUUCUUCAACUGGAGGCACGGGUACGCGCAUGCGCAGAGGAGCUUGCUCCCCCUGGCCGCGGCGUCCCGAGUCGAAAGGGGAAAACCCCAGCCGCGUUGGUCGAUCCGCGUCAAACAUCGGAGCGCGUCGCCGGUUGGGCCGCCAGUUUCGUCCCUCGCGCGGUCCCAGGCGCGCUUGUGUCGGCGUGCGCUGAUGAGGUAUAGUUUGCACUUUCUCUCGCACCCGUGCGCUUCUACUUUUGUACGUCUCGAUCGGCGGUCUACGUUUAUUGUUUCUUGCGUCGCUGGAAAUAACCCGAUCAUUAUUUGCGUCGUUGGAUCGAAUAUGCAUGCGGGAUACCUUGGUUUCGGAAACACGCGAAGCAACAGGCAGGCGCUGUGGACCCGCCGACUCUUUUUCUGAGUUUAACCGUGCCGUACGAAAGCAGGUACUGGUCGCGAGAAUCUACAAUAUCUUGAUGCCACAGUUCACUACUCCUACAACAGGUAAUUUUACAACGCCGCGACGUCCACGGCAGCACAGCAGUGAGACUUUACUCCAUCAUCUAGCGAAUCGUGUUGCUGUUGGUUUGGAGUUGCCAACUUCACUGCACUGCGAGUGAAUGAGAGAAAGAAAAGCUUUGUUUACCCCAACGAAAGUUUGGAAGAAGAAACGCCAACUUUCUAUAAGUUAAAAUACGCAUAUUUAGGGCCGAAGGUAGCCUGAGCAACGUCUCUGGUAGUUGUAAGGAUCAGCGACUUGUUGAGUGGUGGAUACCAGCGCUGCUAGACGGUCUACGCGGGAGGACCAAUGUGUUCGCUCAGCACAAACAGUCCAGGCAGUCACCAUUUGAAGGAUUACGAAGACCGCGUGAACCUGUCAACGGUGCUCUUCUCGAAUAUAAAGAUGGUGUUGUGAAGAGUGUUUCAACUUAGGAGACGAGAAACAAGACGGUCUAUCCCUCCUUAAGUGAUGACGCCCACGGCUGUGAGUCUAAUAUCAUCAGCUGCAGCACAUUCUGGGAACAAAAGUACUUCGGAGUAUCUUACAAAUAUUUCCACAAUGCCUACAUCAGACCCAAGUGUAGCUUUGACGACCACAGUCGCGGUACUAAUGCAAAAGACUCUAACUGCAGUUCGCUCCGGUUCAGCCUGUAACACCAGCAGUCAACUUUGUAUGGAACAUGAAGCGGCCAACGCUUCCAGGUCGUCGUUCCUGGAACAAGAUCGGAGCGAUUACGAUGACUACGGUGAGAUCAAGGUAGUGGAAGAGGUGCUUGCCAUUGCUGUGCCGAUACUCUUCGGUGUGAUCGCCGUCAUAGGAUUUUUCGGCAACGCCCUCGUGGUCCUUGUGGUGCUGUGUAACCCCCAGAUGAGAUCAACCACCAACAUUCUUAUUAUCAAUCUCGCUAUGGCCGACCUUCUGUUCAUCGUCUUCUGCGUGCCAUUUACGGGUUGGGAUUACACGCUCAACUACUGGCCGUUCGGCGACACCUGGUGUAGGAUCGUGCAGUACCUCGUGAUCGUCUGUGCGUACGCGAGCAUUUACACGCUUGUCCUGAUGUCCCUGGACAGGUUCCUCGCUGUAGUUCAUCCGAUAACGUCCAUGACCAUACGAACGGAGAGGAAUGCGUAUCUGGCCAUUCUAUUCACAUGGAUCCUGAUUCUCCUGGCCUGCAUACCGGCGCUCUACUCUCACGGCAUGAUCAUCGAGGAGGCCUACUCGUCGUGCACUUUCCGCGUCGACAAGGGCUACAACAUAGCCGCCUUCCAGAUAUCCUUCUUUAUGUCUUCCUUCGUCGUUCCAUUGGCUCUUAUCUUCAUACUCUACGUCCUCAUGCUCAAGCGUCUAUGGCUUGGAGUCGCUACCGGUGGACGGGUGAGUGCGGAAAGCGUUCGCUCCAAGAAGCGUGUCACCCGACUAGUCGUGGUGGUUGUGCUGGUGUUUGCUGUGUGCUGGUGUCCCGUGCACGUCGUGCUGGUGCUUAAGAGUUUGGACCUCUACGGCAGACCGAUGAAUCCUCCCCGCAUUGUCGUGCAGAUUGCGUCGCAGGUGCUCGCUUACACGAACUCGUGCGUGAACCCGUUUUUGUACGCUUUCCUGUCGGACAACUUCCGCCGGAGCUUCCGCAAGGCCAUCUUCUGCUACAGGAAGGCUUCCGGCAGAAGCGUCGGUGGGACCGGAUCGUGUACCGCGCGCACACGGACGCCAGACGACACAGAACGGACAGAGCGGGAGACGACAGCUACGUGCAUCACGAAGGCGUCCAACCAAUCAAAUGAUAUUUUGUAGUGGCAGCACCUGAUUGUAUUUCCACGAGACAGCAAAGCACAUGACAGCCGUAAGAAAUAAAAUCUCCCAUUAGACUUUGUACCACUGUGAGAUGGACGAUCAUUACAAGAUAUCGGUACAGCAUCGCACAAACUUUGCUAACGUAGACGUACCUGCCGUUGGCGGCACUAUAGCGAAUGGUCGUGUAUGUCUCAUCGCCCGACUCUCUGGAGCUGCUGGAACAGGUGGUCGUGGCGAGCGGACGGGCAAGCCUGGAGACUUCUCUGUGCAGCCCAGACAAUUUUAUACUACGUGUGCAUAAACGUUCUGCUUGUUCCUUUGUACCGGGACCAUCAGCUGGACUAUCAGCCGUGGAUCCACUAUGGGAAUUCGGGGACACCGAAAGCUUGUCACGCUGCCAGCUAUUGUAAGCCGCCAUGAACGUAACAGUAUUGAAUGGCGCCCGAACAAAAAGUAAGUACAGAAAUAUACUUCACUAAGGUCGUGUUGAUAUGCUUAGUUUUGCGCCAAGCGAUGAGUGGCAUAGAUUUCGCCUUUCUAAUAAGAGUACAACGUGCUUUGGUCGCGCAUUCUCCUAACACGUCACCACUUCAGCUGCGUCAGCCUGUACGCCUGCGAUAUUGAGGCACCCAGCAUCGCUAGUGUGUCUGUGCUGUGCUAAGUCUCCGUUAUGACAGGAGGUGCUUCAGCGAAUCUAAAAAACGAAGCGCGUGAGUACAACCGUUUAAGCAGAUGGCUUGUCAUGAAGACCGAUGAUUAUUACAGUGGCAUUCGAGAAAAUUGGGCGUUGUUUAGGAAGCGCGAAGGAGGAGCUUAAUGUAGAAAUGUCCAAACCGUAGGCUGAACAAUACUCCUGUGUGCGUUGUUGGAAACACGGUUGCGAAUACAGAGUUUAUACUGUCUGAAUAUUAUGACCAUUGUGGCAUUUCCUGUGUACAUAAAUUGUGGACGAACUAUGUGCUCGCCGUAUACCGUUGCCUUCAUCAUUAUCGCAGGAUUGGGUAACUGAUACUGUAACGUAACAUGGUUGGCGUUGCUGUAAGGGUUUUAUUUGCUUCACCCUACCUCAUGCAGUCUCGUUAUAUUACACUGUUCCGAAUUUUCGAUUUUUUAAAGAACACUUAAACCAUAUCUUCAGCCAAGUGAACGAUUUAGUGAAAUCGUAGUGUAUUUUUACUUAACCUUAAUCUUGUGCCCUGUUCCAUUGAUUGGGGGUUUCUGAAUAUGCUGCCCCUGAAACAUAGCUUGUCCCCGUUUAGCCGACUAGUCACGUACAGGGCACCGUGCUGUUGUUCAGGAUUGAUGUUUUGUGACGAGGUUUAUUAGAAGUCGCACUACCGAUAUGUAUUCGUCUUGACGACUUUCGACGAAAAGCUACCAUGAUUACUACUUAUGUCGAAAAUUACAAUCACUAUAUUUCACUUCUUUUCUUCUUACGUGUCGCUCACUCUGCGACCUGCGUGGUACCUGACUCAAUCACUCACUAGAAUGUGUUCUCGCGCCCGUGAGAUUUUGCGAUGCUCCUUUUGGUCUAUCAAUGUCUCCAGUAUCAUGACGGAUUGGGCAGGCGAUGAAGUGGUCAGGACACGUAUUGUUUGCGUACUGCGAAGUUCAUAGAAAUAUGACCACGCCAACCCUUACUGUUUUUCGCGCACAACGGUACCUGCACUUCUAUGUAUCAUAGAUUAUUUUCGUUCACCGGAAGUUUCGGCUGAGUAAGAGAGUUACUGUUGGCAGCUGUGUUCAUGUUGUAGUGCCGCAUAGGGAAUUUCUAGUUCCUGAGCUGAUUGCAGGAUGCGUUGUGGUCGCGAGUGUUAUGAAAUGUUAGACCUAAUGACUUUCCGUUAUUUCUUUUUACCAAUAUACUGUACUAUUUUCAUUCCAGUGACAGUGCUGUCACCCCAUAGAUGUCUCACUUUAUUUGUUUAUUGCGCUUGGUGCAACAAUAAUUCAGCACGUGACAGCAAAAAUUUGUGAAAGUAUACUUUCGCGCGGCAAGCCCUUCACGGCAGGUGACAGCUCCUUUAUUUUAUGUAUGUGUGAAUUUAUUGACGUAUACAAAUGAGAUGUUUAUAAUAAUGAUGUUUAUAAUGAGAUGUUAUAAUGAGAUCGAAGACAAAAUGUGUUGUUUGAUGCUUGAUUGCCGUGUUUCUCUCAUCUUAAUCUGAUAAUAUGGAAGCGAAUGUGCUAUUGUAGUGUGACUGUCUUUCUUAUUUAUUGUCAAGCGUGAACCAUCAUGCCGUUGGGAAUCGUUAUUUGCAGGUAGAGGGGUUGGUUAUUGCUUCUACAACAAUUAAGAUAUGCUGUGUUGUUCAGUGUUCACUACAUAAUGUAUUGCCCUUCAGCUAGAUGUUUGGUGGUAUUGUAAAUAUAUCACAUUGAUGUUAUGCCUUCAAGUGUAUAUCUGUCCAAUCAAUCAUGCAUGAGCACUCAGUAACGGACCCACUCUUCUCAUGUAUUAUGACAGCAUGCACUGACCCAACUGCGUCAUUGCUAACACACUGUUCAGAGUUUAAUGGCAUUGUGUGCUACUCUAUUUGAGGUACUCACACACUAUAAAGAAGUCUUAUCUGCUGUCUAACACGGAGUUAUCUAUAAGAAAGCAUGUUUAUUGUUUCGCCGUAUUCCAAAUGAUUGAACUCAUUGCCUCAUUGACUCUGUUGAAAAGUGUGAAUAAAGUCGCCCUCUGCCUCCACAAGAGACGCACAGGGUUUGUUCACGUG